GCCAAUAUUUUAACCUCACGUCCUUUCUGGCAGAGCAAAGUGGAAGGAACAGCAACAGGAUGGUUCUUCUUAUAAUUAUUUUCUUUCCAUUUCUUUUUGGGUUUUAAAUGUAUUUAGAUUUUAGAGCUACGGAGAAAACCUCCCUUCGAAUCCAAGUAUUCUCCCCCAAAUGCGUAAUCCGCGUGCAGCUUCUAUUUUAGCCAAGCAGCGAUCUUUAGAGCAUCGUCUACUCUUUACUCAAUCUUGCCCAUUUCUUCUCUAAGCUAUACUUUCAUGGGUAGUUGCCAAGAUCUUGCGGGUUGACACUCUGUAGCUCAAGUGUUUGAUAAAAUCUCCCAACCAGAAAAUAUUAACAACAACCCAUUCUCAGUACAUUGCUUACCGUAUCCAAAGACUUGAGCUUUCUGCGUCGCACUCGGUUUCAGGCUUUCAGUUCCUUUUUUGGUUUAAAACCCAUCUCCUAAAGCUACUUGAUCCCCUUUUUUUCUUUCUUCCUUCUUUUUCUGGUUGGUUCUUUCCUCCUCUUUCCCUCUUGCUUCUUCUGGGUCUUUUUCUUUCUUGGGGUUUCAUGAGUUCAUCUGCGGCUUCAUCUGCUGCUGUGUCCUGCUGAGGCUUAGAGAGUGGGGAAGGGAGGGAGUGGUGGAGAUUUCUUGCAGAGGAAAUGAGACCAUUCAUUUCUUUGCAAAUUCUUUGUGUCGUUGCCUCUACAGCUCUCUUUGUGGCUUGUCGGUCCUUUCCUCAGGAUGAAGUUUCGGCCCUGAAUGCAUUCAAGGAAGCAAUUUAUGAAGACCCUCGUCUGAUUAUGUCCAAUUGGAAUGCUCUAGAUACCACUCCGUGUGAGUGGGCUGGCGUUUAUUGCACAUCUGCUGGAGACCAUGUUUUCAAGAUAAACAUAUCGGCAGCAUCUCUCCGAGGGUUCAUUUCACCGGACUUGAGCAGGAUCACAAACUUGCAAGAACUAAUCUUACAUGGAAACAAUCUGAUUGGAACUAUACCUAAAGAACUGGGCAAUCUGAAGCAGCUUAAGAGGUUGGAUCUAGGAGCCAAUCAAUUAAUGGGUCCGAUUCCUCCAGAGCUGGCAACUAUAUCUGGCAUCAUGAAAUUAAACCUUCAGUCUAAUGGGCUAACCGGGACUCUGGCUACAGGGUUUGGCAAUUUAAGAUACCUCCAGGAACUCAUCCUGGAUAGGAACAGACUCCAGGGUACUUUUCCAGCUAGUAAUGAUUUGCCGUCCAAUUUGCAUGGAAUGUAAGUUCAAUUGGAACGAGAAUGAACAAGCUUUCUAGUCAUAACUUCGUGACAGAGGAAACGCCUUUCUUGUCCUCAUCUUCCUCUCUUAUUGUGAUCAGGCUGUCCUAUUGACUUCAUGGUUCUAAUUUCUGUUAACAGGUAUUCUUCAGCUGAAAACUCAACUGGUCUAUGCCAAGCAUCUAAUCUCAAAGUAGUUGAUUUCUCUUACAACUUCUUCACUGGAACAGUACCUAAAUGCUUGAGAUAUCUUCCAAGCACAAGUUUUCAAGGAAACUGCCUUCAGAACAAAGAGUCACGACAGCGUAGUGCUGCACAAUGUAGCUCUUACUCUGGUCCUAAACCUGUCAGAAACCAUCCACCAUUUCACCCUAAGCACCCAGCUGCUGAAGCUGUUUCCUCCAAGGAGCAUCAGGGGAAAUCAAAGCCAGCAUGGUUAUUAGUGUUGGAAAUAGUGACAGGAACCAUGGUGGGCGCUAUCUUUGUUGUUUUCCUUGUCACUGCUUUACAGAGAUGGAAUGCCAGAUCCGCUAUUAUAAUGCCCUGGAAGAAAUCAAGUAGUCAAAAGGAAAAUGUGCCUGUAUACAUAGACUCUGGUAUGCUGAAAGAUGUAGUGAAGUUCAACAGACAAGAACUUGAAGUAGCCUGUGAAGACUUUAGCAACAUCAUUGGCUCUUCUCCAGAUAGUUUGGUUUACAAGGGGAACAUGAAAGGAGGUUCUGAGAUUGCUGUCAUAUCUCUCUGUAUCAAAGAGGAAAACUGGUCUGGCUAUCUUGAACUCUAUUUUCAGAGGGAGGUUGCAGAUUUGGCAAGAUUAAAUCAUGAGAAUACCGGAAAGCUGCUGGGUUAUUGUAAAGAGAGCACUCCAUUUACCAGGAUGCUAGUGUUUGAAUACGCAUCAAACGGAACUUUGAACGAGCACCUUCACUAUGGAGAGGAAUGCCAAUUAUCUUGGACACGGCGCAUGAGAAUUGUGAUAGGUAUCGCUCGUGGGCUUAAGUACCUUCACACGGAACUUGACCCACCUUUCACAAUAUCGGAGUUGACUUCUAGUGCUGUUUACCUCACGGAUGACUUCUCCCCCAAGCUGGUGGAUUUUGAGAGUUGGAAGAGCAUUCUUUCCAGAUCAGAAAAGAAUGCAGGUUCCAUUGGUGGCCAAGGUGCUAUCUGUGUUCUUCCCAAUUCUAUGGAGGCACGGCACCUGGACAUUCGAGGCAAUGUCUAUGCUUUUGGGGUGUUACUGCUAGAAAUUAUCAGUGGCAGGCCUCCAUAUUGCAAAGAUAAAGUAUCUCUUGUAGACUGGGCUAAUGACUUACUCGAAGUCCCGGAUGCAAUGUCUUAUCUUGUGGAUCCUGAGGUGAAGAAUUUCAGGCAAGAAGAGCUAAAAGCUAUAUGUGAAGCGGUAAAACUUUGCAUCCAUCCUGAUGCAACGAAGAGGCCUUCAAUGCGGGAGUUGUGCACACUGCUGGAAAGCAAAAUCGAUACAUCUGUGUCGUUUGACUUCAAGGCGACUUCCUUGGCGUGGGCUGAGCUUGCAUUGUCGUCAUGAAUAGAGUUAGGGGAGAAGACUUUGAUUGAGCUAACACACUGUAAAGCAAAUAGAGACAUCACUAAUACUCUUCCUUUCUUUGGUUUUGGUGUCACCUUGAUUCUCUGUCAGGCUUUUUUUCUUCCUUUUUGGUUAUUAACUGCCCCUUGUAAAUGUCUGCAUAUAGCUAAAGAGGAACUUGAGAGUGCUUCUUGCAUGACACAAAAGAACUCAUUUGUAUACCAUUACCACCCCCCAAUUGGUAGUCUGUGAUGGAUGACUGAAGUUGCUGAAUCAUAGUAGAUGUAGAUAGAGUUCACUGAACUCUUGUUGAUGAUAUUUGAAUGAGCAAGGGUGUUUUCCCCCCCUUUUUUCUGCCAA